AUGCUACUUCGACGGAUUACAAUUUUGGCAUUUAUUUUGGGCGCCUCUGGUCAUCCUGUGAAUCAAAUUUUUCAAGAAAAGAAUGAUGGAUAUAUGCAGUUUUACUGGUAUGAUAAACCCACUUUUGGAGAGGAUGGACUGGAAAAGGAAAUGUGUUUGGACACGUUCAAAAAUAGGUGAGAUUUUUUGGGAAACUUGACUGUCCAUAUGAUUAAAAUAACCCUUUAACGUAGCCGGUCAUUACUCCAAGUAUGACGCUGAUUUUUUUAUAAAACCUGGCUCAAAUUAACAGGGGACGUACCCCAAGUGCGACGCUCAGAUUUUGAUGGAACUUGGCACAAAUUUAGAAUAAUUUUUUCUAAAAUAUAUGCGAAAAUCCUAGCUCGCGCUUUGCAGAAACAAUCGAGAUUUUUAGAUCGAAAAUCGGCGAAAAUUUAGGACUUUUUGCGGAAUUUCGACACGAAAAGUUUCAUGCCUAUUUCUACCGUAAAAGUUCGUGUUUCUACAAAAAAUCAAAAUUUUCCGCACGAAACUGCCAAAGUUAUGGCCAAAAGUCGCUUUUCUCUCUGACCGCUCUCCACGUUUAGCGUGCUCUCUCGGCGGCAAGAAUCGUUCGAUAUCUCAGCGGCGCCCGCAAAGCGCGAGCUAAAACUUUCAGGAAUUGAUAUAUAGUCCAUGCCCGACGUGUGUGCAAAAUUUUAAGAAAAUCUGAGCGUCGCACUUGGGGUACUUCCCUUGUAAGCCAAAAUUUUCCGAAGAUAUAUGCGAGAUUUUUUGCAAGCGCUUUGCAGAAACAAUCGAGAUUUUUUAGUCGAAAAUUUGCAAAAAUUCAUUCUUUUUUGAAUUUCGUCAUUAAAAAUUUUAACAAAAAAAAUUUUUUUGCGUGGCAAAGAUAUGGCCCAAAAAAUUUUUUUCCCGAUUUUUAAUAUUUGUAUUUCCUAUUUUUUGUCUUUUAGCGAAGUCUAUUGCAAAGGGCCAAUUCUGGAAGCCGUGAAUUACCACAAAAUCUACAAUGACUCUAAAGACUUCGUGGACAGUGUGCUUUUGGCGGAGCCAGGUAAGUUGGAAACAAUAAAGGCCACAAAUUUUUAUUUUGACACUACUUGUCUAGUUAUUAAAUUUUUCUCAUCGUUUCAUAAAAAAUUUGAUUUUUUCAUCACAAAAAUAAAAAAAAGAUUUUUUUAGAAUAUAUCGGCGCAGCGAGACUGUGCUCAUUAUUUUCCCGACAGACUGAAACUUCCUUUUUUAGGCUAUUUUUGACCCAAUUAACUCAAAAGUUCCAUCAAAUUUCACUUUGCUUUCCAAAAUUUUUUUAAUUUUUUCAGCGGAAAUCAACGCAGAAUUCAAAAAAAUUUUCGGCCCAAAUCCGAUCAUCCCAAAAAUCGACCGCACCAAACUAAACAACUUUAUCAUCAAAUUUUUCAAUCCCCCCGAAAGCGAGUUGGACGUUUGUGAGCCGGAGGAUUGGGUGGAGAAGCCCGAGAAAAUCAUCGGAAUCCAGGACGAUAGCCUCAGGGAAUGGGCGCUGAAUCUGCACGGGAUUUGGAAAACGCUGUGCAGAAAAGUGAAGCAGAAUUUGUUUUCGGAAAAGGACAAACAUUCGUUGUUGUUUGUGAAGAAUCCGUUUAUCAUUCCGGGCGGGAGAUUCCGAGAGUUCUAUUAUUGGGACACUUAUUGGAUCAUCAAGGGAUUGUUGGUAUCUGGGAUGGACAAAACAAGCAAGUAUAUGCUGGAAAAUCUGCUCGAUAUGGUUAAUGAGUAAGUUUAGAGGGCUAAAAAUUUUAAAAAAUAUGUAAAUUUUGGAAAAUUUGAAAAAAAAAAUUUUUGCACAGUGCAGUCAAUUUUUGGGCCUAAAAUUCCAACUGCACUGUGCAGUUAAAUUUUUAGCCUAAAAUUCAAACUGCACGGUGCACUGAACUAUUUCUCGUAAAAAUUGCACAGUGCGGAAGUGUCAAAAAAGCACAGUGAAGAAAAGCGACAAUCAUAAAGCCGCGCAGUGCAAAUUGUUGUCGCUUUUUUUGCACGGUGCAAAGUGAAAAGGCUUUUUUUGAAAAGCCGGCUGCACUGUGCAGUAGAUUAAAAUUUUUGCACUGUGCAAAAAAAAAUUUAAAAUUUUGAGGACUGCACAGAAAUAUUUUUUGGGACUCUAACAACCCAAAAAAUAUUUUGCCAUUUUUAUACGUUUUACUAGGCGGGCCAAAAAGUCUUGACAUGUUUUCGCACCGUGCGGGCGCAUGAAUCCAGUGUCGCGACGAGAAUUCCAUCGAUUGCGACCCCGCAUCGAUUGCGACCCAGCAUCGAUUGCGACCCCGCAACGAUUGCGACCCAAAAUGGGGUAAAGCGACCCCGGGAUGAAAAUUCUUUGAUUCUCUUCGGGAAAAACUUGCUUUAGGGGUUUUCGAGGGUGCUGAUUUCGAAAAUCAUGUUCAUUUUUCCUCUAGUAUUACAUAGUACUGUCUGAUACUAUAUAGUAUCACCUCGUACUACAUAGUAUCAGAUAGUACUAUAUAGCACCAAGUCUUUAAAACGUGUUUUUGAAGAGUACUAAGCAUCAAAACAACACCAUUAACGUUAAAAGCGAUAUUUUGACUUCGUACUAUAUAGUAUCAGACAGUACUAUAUAGCACCAAGUCUUUAAAACGUGUUUUUGAAGAGUACUAAGCAUCAAACCAACACCAUUAACGUCAAAAGCCAUAUUUUGACUUCGUACUAUAUAGUAUCAGACAGUACUAUAUAGCACCAAGUCUUUAAAACGUGUUUUUGAAGAGUACUAAGCAUCAAACCAACACCAUUAACGUCAAAAGCUAUAUUUUGACUUCGUACUAUAUAGUAUCAGACAGUACUAUGUAGUACUAGAGGAAAAAUGAACAUCAUUUUCGAAAUCAGCACCCUCGAAAACCCCUAAAUCGAGUAUUUAACGUCAAAAGCGAUAUUUUCACUUCGUACUAUAUAGUAUCAGACAGUACUAUGUAGUACUAAAGGAAAAAUGAACAUUAUUUUCGAAAUCAGCACCCUCGAAAACCCCUAAAGCAAGCUUUUCCCGAAGAGAAUCAAAGAAUUUUCAUCCCGGGGUCGCUUUACCCCAUUUUGGGUCGCAAUCGAUGCGGGGUCGCAAUCGAUGCGAGGUCGCAAUCGAGCGGGGUCGCAAUCGAAGGAUUCCUCGCGACGAGGUGUCGCGCGAUAAAACCUUUGGCGGGGUGCGAAUGAAGAACGCACUGUGCGUUGUUUACCCUUUUCAAAACAAUCUUUUUGCACUGUGCGGUGUCGCAUUGCACCGUAAUUUUUUCUUGUCGCCGCGCGACAAAUUUCAUGCACGACGGCGCACUGUGCAGACAUGUCAAGACUUUUUGGCCCGCCUAGUAUACGUGAAUUAUACCAGAACAAUAAUCGUCAAAAAAUGAAUUUUUUCGGUGCUUCCGAACCUUCAAAGCGAUGGAACGUAGACGUUAUACUUGUUUUGUGAUAGACUUGACUUUGAAAAAGACAAAAUAUUUUUUUUUUGUGGUCAGAGUUUGAUCUUGCUCAUCAAAGCCCUAUCACGGUCCUUCGCGAGACCCCGGAAUCGAACCAACCCCCAAAAGGAUAUCGAGCGGAUGCUUUAUCCACUCGGCUAACCGAACCACUGGACACCGCUCUUCUUUUCCGAGGGAAGAGAAAGAGGAAAUUUUUGUGGAACUUUCGGUCGAUUUUUCUCGUCGGCCGGGCUUAUUCCGCAGCUGGAAAAUGGCUCUUUUUACCAAAGUUGACCUGCUCUAUCCGCCUGUACUAGUCAUUUUCCCAAACGCUGGGGGAAGUUCAGACCAUUCCCUCGUUAAUUUUUUUUUAAGAUUCGGAUUUGUCCCGAAUGGUGGCCGAAUUUACUACACACGCCGUUCCCAGCCUCCAACCCUGAUUCCCUCCGUCUAUCAGUACUAUCAAUCAACUGGAGAUGUGGAUUUCGUCAAAAAACAUUUGGCCACUCUGGAAAAGGAGUACAUUUUCUGGUGCAACAACCGAAUGAAGGAGAUUGAUUUGGGCACGGAGAAGGUGCAGACCUUCUUUUACGAUGUCCCAACGAACGUCCCAAGGCCAGAGUCAUUUUCGGCUGAUCUGGAGGUGGCGCAGAAAUACAAUAUGACGGUAGGGGAAAUUCGAAAAUUGUUAAAAAAGAAGGUUUCGUAUUUAAAAAAAAAAUUUAAUGUAAAAAAUUAUUUAUUUUAACUUUUUUUUGAAAAUGAGAUUUUUUGAAUUUCCAAAUUUUGGGAUUGUGCGAAAAAACUUGAUUUUUUGACGGCCACACUGUGCAGUUUACCACAAAAUUUUUUGCACUGUGCGCAAAAUUUCAAAUUUUUGAGGGCUGCACAGUGAAAUAGAAAAAAUUGUUGCACUGUGCAGAAAAAAAUUAAACACAAAUGUAUAGAGGCGGAGACGUAUUUUACAAGGAAAGUACUUCUAUGGGGUGUGGAGUUACAGGUCGAGAUAUAUAUCAAAAAAUUCGCAAAAAUUUUCUGAUUCAGAAUAUAUAAAAAUUAGCUGCCUAAUUUUGGUCUAUCAACGAGUUUUAUCAAUAAAUGUAUUUCUCGAGGAAAAAAUCUGCGGCAACAAAAGCGCGCUCGGUCUCUUCCUUUGGAAGAGAGCGGUGUGGCCGAGUGGUUAGAGCGCUAGAUGGGAAAUCCGAGGGUGAAGGGUUCGAUUCUUUUUGCCACACUAGAACCCAUUUUUUACAUUGAAACUACUUUUAAGGUGUAGUUGUAAUCCAAUUUGAUAUUUUAAGGCUUGUCAAGGCCUCAGAAUUUAUUUUAGCACAAAAUAAAAUUUUUUUAUUGGUAAAAACGCGGCCAAAAGGACACUUGCAUGGUGUCGCGAGAAAACUUCUGAGGACAAAAACAUGUCAUCAGACCAAAAUUAGGCAGCUAAUUUAUAUAUAUUCUGAAUCAGAAAAUUUUUGCGAAUUUUUUGAUGUAUAUCUCGACCUGUAACUCCACACCCCAUAGAAGUACUUUCCUUGUUAAAAAAGUAGGGUUAAAAAGGCCAAAAAUUCCAAAUUUUUUUUUCAUUGCUUUAAAAAUGAGAUUUUUUGAAUUUCCAAAAUUUUUUUGAAACAUGCCCAAAAGAGUUUUACGAUUUUUUGGUUUACAAAUUAAUUACAUGGUUAAUUAGUAGAGGGCAAAACACGAUGACUAAAUUUUUGGUCACUUGGAAUUCGUUGUACAGAGGUGUUACUGUACUUGCGAUAUUCCAUUUCUUCAAAAAUUUUCAAUUAUUAUCACAGUUUUUCCUGUCGUAUUUUACCUACAGCUCUAUGAUAUCUUAAAAAAAAACUAUUUUUUUUCAGACCGAAGAAUCGCAAUUUUAUUUCCAAGCCGCGGCCAGUGCGGCCGAAUCCGGCUGGGACUUUUCCUCGCGCUGGUUCGAGGACGGCGUCAACCUGCAUACAAUGGAGACUCAGCUCAUCGCCCCAGUUGACUUGAACGCCUUUCUCUGCUACAACACGGAUAUUCUCGGGUAUUUGUUCGAGAUUGCGGACAAACCGGAGAAGGCGGACAAGUAUCAGAAGAAGUUCGAGGACUUCCGAAAAACCUUUGAGAAAAUCUUCUACAACGAGACCGAAGGAGCGUGGUAUGACUAUAACACGAGGACGGAGAAACAUAAUUUGGAUGUGUUCCCGUCGAUUGCGGUCCCAUUGUUCACCGGGUGCUACAAUCGCUUGGACGAGAGCAAAAGUGUGAGGCUCUUCAAGAAACUUGGAGUAAGUUUAUUUUUGGUUGUUUUAUAGUGAAAGCACAAAUAAUCGUGACCAAAAAAUUUACAGGGCAUUUUAUCGAAAAAAAUCUAUACAGUGGGACCUAUGUACAACAAACUUUCAUAGCAAAAAAUUUCGUGGGCCCCACGGGUCCAUUCUAGGCCAAAAUGAGCCCCCAUGAAACGAAGCUCUUCUGUGACAAAUAUCAGUCUGUCGGGAAAAUUAUGAGCACACUGUCGCUGCCCCCAUCGCGUCGCUGAAGUGAAAAGCAAUUUGAUUUUGCCGCCACAAAAUUAAUUUUCUCAGCGGCAAUGCGAUUUUUGACGCGACAGAGUGCUUAUUAUUUUCCCGACAAGCUGAUAUUUGUUACAGAAAGUCUUUGUUUCAUGAAUUUUUAUUUUGACCUAAAAUGAACCCGUGGGACCCACGAAAUUUUUUGCUAUAAAAGUUUUUUAUACAUAGGUCCACACUGUAUAGAUUUUUUUCGAUAAAAUUACUUUUUUUCGUUUUGGCCUAUGAAGGAAGUGCUCCAAGUGCAACGCUCAGAUUUUGUCCAAACUUGAAGCAAAUUUAAAAAAAAUGUUUUCAAAGACGUACAGUGGCGGACCUGAUCCAGUGGCAAAAAACGUAUCAUUUCGCAUCAAAAAUGUUGCAAAAAACGUCCUUCUCCAAGUGAAAAAAAAUCUGAUUUCAAAAGCACGCCCGCUCUUUUUGUAAGGGCUUCAAAAACUCCUUCAAAGCCGGAUUUUUUUUCGAUGGAGAGGGAGGCAUUUUGUCACAUUUAUUGAUACUUCCCGGAUGCAAAAUGGUAUUUUCUUGCCACUGGAUCAGGUCUGUCGCUGUAUGCGAGAUUCCUAUAUAAGCGCCUUGUAGAAACAACCGAGGUUUUUAAAUUGACAUUUGGCAAAAAACACGAGAGUUCUUUGCAAACUGUGGCAUGAAAAUUUUCACACCUAUGCUUACUGUAGAGGUCGUAUUUACUUUUCUAAUUUCUUCUUUCUCUCUUAGGAAGCCAAGUUCUUCGAUUUCCCCGGAGGCAUUCCCACUAGCAUCAACAAUUUGACCGGUCAGCAAUGGGACUUCCCGAAUGGAUGGAGCCCUCUGAAUCACAUGGUCAUAGAAGGUCUCCGGAAGUCUACCGAUCCAAUCAUGCAGGACAAAGCCUACGAGAUCGCAUCCAGAUGGCUGAUGGGCAACUACAAGGUCUAUAAAAAGUCGAAAGCUAUGUUUGAAAAGGUAAGUUUUACGGUCUCUCUUUGUAAAAUCAAAAAAUCUUUCAUGACACUGAAUUUUUAGUACAACGUAAUCGGAGAUGUCCCCGAGCCCGGCCACGGAGGCGAGUACAAGGUUCAGACCGGUUUUGGUUGGUCGAACGGAGUUGUAUUGGACAUAAUGAGCAUGUAUUACGAUCGAAUCCACAUCACCACGGACUCGGCGGACGCGAAGAAGCUGGGGGUGGUCGUGCCGGCGUUGACAUUGAUAAAUCUUUAUUAUCAGCUGAUUUAA